CAAAUAUAAUUGCAGUCCAGGGCUUGAAACAUUAUAUAUGAUCUUAAUCGACAAUUUCACUCCACUCAAAACCCUAGCAGCCAGAAUCGGCCAUUUGCACUCAGUUUACGGUUUCUUCUGAUUUCUGAACUCCAACCAUGGCGGACGAUAAUCCCGAUGUGGCGGCUGCAGGAGUGCCGAAGAAGAGGACCUUCAAGAAGUUCAGUUUCCGUGGAGUCGAUUUGGAUGCUCUCCUCGACAUGUCCACUGACGAGCUUGUCAAGCUCUUCACUGCCAGGGCUCGCAGAAGGUUCCGAAGGGGUCUGACAAGGAAGCCAAUGGCUCUGAUCAAGAAGCUGCGCAAAGCGAAACGCGAGGCACCGCCGGGUGAGAAGCCAGAACCCGUUAGAACUCACCUUCGCAAUAUGAUCAUAGUACCUGAAAUGAUUGGAAGUAUCAUUGGAGUUUACAAUGGAAAGACCUUCAAUCAGGUUGAAAUCAAGCCUGAGAUGAUUGGCCAUUACCUAGCUGAGUUUUCUAUAUCGUACAAGCCUGUUAAGCAUGGUAGACCUGGUAUUGGUGCUACUCACUCGUCGAGGUUCAUUCCUCUUAAGUGAAAAGAGAAAUACCAUUUGUCAGGAUUGGAUUAUACUCUGCUUUUCUUCAAGUUUUAUGGAUAUUUGUUUAUUUUAACUUAUUAGUCUAUUUUUGGCUACUUUUUGACUGGAGUUUAAUUUCUAUAAACAAUGAAAGAUGAUUUUGAUGGGUUCAGACGCA